GCAGCCCUGAGCCUGAACUCGAACCCGAACCCCCAGCCCAGCCCCGUCCACAGGCCCAGGAGGUUAGGAUCCAGCGGCUACCCGCCCAGCCCCGCCGAGGACGCCUCGACCCGCAGGCGCCCUCCAGCCCACGCGCCACGAUGGUGUGCGGGGGCUUCUCGUGCUCCAAGAACUGCCUGUGCGUGCUCAACCUGCUGUACACCCUCGUCAGUCUGCUGCUCAUUGGGAUUGCUGCUUGGGGCAUUGGCUUUGGGCUGAUCUCCAGUCUCCGAGUGGUGGGCGUGGUCAUUGCUGUGGGCAUCUUCCUGUUCCUGAUUGCGUUGGUGGGACUGAUUGGCGCCGUGAAACAUCAUCAGGUGUUGCUGUUUUUUUAUAUGAUUAUUCUCCUGCUUGUGUUUAUUGUUCAGUUUUCGGUGUCUUGUGCUUGUCUAGCUCUGAAUCGGGACCAACAGGGUCAGCUGCUGGAGGUUGGUUGGAACAAUACAGCAAGUGCUCGGAAUGACCUCCAGAGGAACUUGAACUGCUGUGGAUUCCGAAGUUAUAACCCCAAUGACACCUGCCCGGCUACCUGUGCUAAAAUUGGACAUAAGUGCUUACCAUGCUCCCCCAUAAUCGGAGCAUACGCUGGAGAUGUUUUGAGAUUUGUUGGUGGCAUUGGCCUCUUCUUCAGUUUUACAGAGAUCCUGGGUGUUUGGCUGACCUACAGAUACAGAAACCAGAAAGACCCUCGCGCCAACCCGAGUGCUUUCCUCUGAUGAGAAAACAAGGAAAAGUUUUCCCAUGUUAAUCUUGCUCACUUUCUCUAUCUUAAACUAAUGUGUUCAUUUGACAGAGGAAACAGUGUCUGAAAACUAUAUUAUCAACAGUGGAACUAAAUGUUUUCACUCUUACGUUUCUCUAAAUGUGUUUUGUUGGUAUUGCUGUAAAAGCAGUUGAAAUUCAUGGUGUUUCCUGAGCUUCAGUAGUCCGUGUGAUCUGCUGUUCUUGGUGUCUGGCACUGUCCACUGUGGCCUUUCUUAGCCUUUUUACCUGCUGUAAAACUGUAUGGUGCCCCGCUGGGGGAAUGACAUUGUGAACCCGAAUCUCCAUUUCACCAGGAUAAUUGUACAGAGCUUGGACUGUAUGGCGCCCUGCUGGGGGAAUGACAUUGUGAACCCGAAUCUCCAUUUCACCAGGAUAGUUGUACAGAGCUUGGAGUGUGCAGGCAGCUCCCAGUGAAGACAGUUGAAGUGUAUGAAGGCAGAAAGGAAGGGAGUCUGUUGUAUUCAGUUCAUUAGGAGAAAUCUAAGUUUUCUAUACUUUUUGUCUUUUUAGGAAAGCUUCGCUAUAGUAAAAAGUGUUAACAUAGAAGUAGUCAUUUAGUUCUAGUAGUCUGUCAUGAUUAUAUCUGUGUAUUCUAGAAAUAGCUGUGUCUUAGGAAACUAAAGUUUGGUUUUUGACAUUUAUAGUCAAGGGCAAAGGAGGUGCCAUUUGGGAAAUGUUCUGGUGUGUAACAGUUAUCUUCAGCUUUCAGAAUGGGAUGAGUUUGAGGAAGAUAGUGUAUAUCUACAUAAUCUGACAGUCUUUUUUUUUUAAUAAUUUGAAGUUCAAAACACUGUAUAUUGGUAAGCAACUUGCAAUCAAUAUGUGGCUUAUGUAACAAAAAAUAUUUGAUCAUCUUAAAAAAUAACUUUUUAUUGGUAUUUCUUGGUAUUGUGACAGCAAGUUGUUAAAUCCAAACAUAUUUAAAUGUGCUACCUCUCAUAAAUUGAGAGAGAAAUGCUGUUUGUGGCUCUGUAUGUUACAUUAAAAAUUAAAAGCUGGAAACCUUU